GUUUGGUAUUCUGGUUUGAAAGGAUGUCGCUCAAACAGGGCAUCGGCAGUGUGCAGUUCAUGAAAAGAAGAAUACCGAGAAACGCAAAGUACCAACACGUCAAGACCCGAUUGGAUACAGGAUGCAGCCUUACGAAGUACAUGGAAAGACUGGAGGAUAUUAAAAAAAAUUACAGGUACCGUGCAGACGAAAUAUUUAAGCGGUUAAAGGUGACGACAUUUGCACAAUUGAUACUUCAGGUAGCCUCUGUGUCAGACCUGAAUGAAUGUGAGAAUGAUGGUGACUCACACUGCCCAGACGACGCCCUGUCAGAGAUGUCUGAUGCAGACCUGGAGAGUUUGUCCGAACACACCAACGGUGCCCUACACAUGUCACCACUUUCUGAUCCCCAUGGUGCAGGUGACACCAGGGAGAACUGCUACACUUCUAGGUCAACGCUGCUAAGCGUUGUCAGUGGUGUAGGAGAGCUGAGCCUCGGUGGUGUAGGAGAGCUGAGCCUCGGCAUGAAGUGUCAUAAGAUGGACAAUGAUACUGACAGGCCCUACCCCGACUGCCCCUACCUGCUGCUGGACGUGCGUGACCGGGACCAAUACAACUGCUGUCACAUCAUCAGCGCACACAGUUUCCCGAUCGCCCAGCUGUCUCGAACAAUGAACCCCUUCUCCAAAGAAGUGCUGGAAUAUAAAAACGCAGCAGGGAAGAUCAUCAUUGUGUAUGAUGAGGAUGAGAGAAUAGCCGGCCAGGCAGCCACCACCAUGUGUCAGCGAGGAGUCGAGAAUCUGUUUAUGUUGUCUGGAGGUCUCAAGGUAAUCGCUCAGAAAUUUCCAGAGGGGUUGACCACAGGCUCCAUCCCGACCACUUGCCUGUCGUGUCCCACCUCGUCAAAGUGGAAGAAGAGUUCUGUUCAGCAGCAGAUGCAGGCAGCAGAGAUGAGGAGGCGCUUUACAUCAGAUGAGCUGACUAAGAUCCAGGAGCAGCUGGAGGAGAUACUCAUCCCAAGUAACCAGAGCAGCAGAUCCAGCAGCAUGUCAACCCUCAGCUCCCGCUCCAAUACAUCCGGCGCCGGGAGUCGACUGAGUUCCUCUGCAUCUGGAAGGAACAGUUCCAGGAUUCAAAGCAGUACACCCUGGAAAUAACCUUCAACCACACAGAUACACAGAACUAAACAUACCUCUGACCAACCAAAUCAGUUGUAAAAUAACUUACUAAGAAAACCCCACUCUCCAUCUUCACUUAUGGAGAUGUAAUGCCUAGCUCCAUCACUAUGACAUUCCUAAAAGAGUUAUAGUUUGAUUUCUGCAGUGUCAAACAUUGAAUGUUGACAUGACCUGAAGGAUGUGCUUGGAAUGUCUGUAUUGCACAAGUUUGAAUGUAUGUUGAGAUAAUGUGAUCUAUUUUGUAAAAGCAUGAAAGGUUGUGCUGUAUUUUUUUAAUAAGCCUCAUGAGGUCUUAUUUUAAUUCCUUAACUGACAACGCACAGACAGCCUCUAUGUGCAACUUCUUCAUCCACCUACACACUAAUGAUACUUUGACUUUCUUUUGCGUGUCUAUGUUUGUGCGUGCACAGCAAAUUGUGAACCACUGUAACUGAUUUAAGUGACGCCUUCACACAGAUCAACGUGCACAUCACAAAUUCACAGUGCAAGGACCAGACUGUAUAGGCAGCACUUUGUUUCUUAGCGAUGCUUUUGAAAAACAGUAUUGAUUCGUGGCCUUUGGUUCUGUUGGUGAUUUGUUCCUUCGUGCUCAGCUCCUUACUACAGUAACACAAUCAAAAUGAAGUGAAUUUAAUUAAGAUACGGACUCAUUUUGUGUUUUCCAAAUCAUGCCUAACUGGUUCUAAUCAGGUGAUCUCAUCACUUGAUUUUGUUGGUUAAUUAAUGUGCACGAAUAGAGUUUAUGAUUGUUUGCUGUUAAUAGUUAUUGUGAAAUUAUCAUUAUUAAAAAGAA